AUGGGGGCAUGUAUGUCAGGGGGUGUCAUGGUCACCGACAAAGACCGCCAGCUCCACCGGGACGCGGAGAAGGAGUUAAAGGCAACCAAGGCAAAGAUGGACCGGGAGACCAAGGUCCUGCUCCUUGGCGCCGGAGACGGGGGCAAGUCGACCAUCCAAAAGCAGAUGCGAAUUAUCCACAACGUGCCGUUCUCCGCCGAAGAGACGGAGCACUUCCGCCAGCUCGUCUUCGACAAUCUCACACGGGGGCUGAAAACGUUGCUCGAUGCCUUGCCCGACCUCAGACUGGACCUCAUUCCGGAGAGCGGCUACUCAGAAGUCUACCCUGACGGUGACGAAGAGGGGCGUGCGGGCUAUGUCCGACAUUGGGGCCCAGGGGAGUUUGGCGGCACUGUCAUUGCCUCAACGUACAAGGAGCGCAUGGUGGUGCAGGGCUUGGAGACGUCAUCAAUCAAGGACGGACGGGGUGUGUCGAGGGAUGACUUGGUGGCUGAUUUAGCACUUAUCGAGAACGCACCUGACUUGCGCGACGGGGAGGAAUUUCCCCUUGAAUAUUUGGGCGCGCUUUCGCGGCUAUGGCGAGAUCCAAUUGUAAAAGAAGCAUGGGCGAAAGGAAACCAGGCUGCGUUGCCCGAAAAUUUAUCGUACAUCUUUACCGCUUUACCGCGGCUCUUCGCACCAGGAUAUACUCCGAGCACUCAGGACAUUCUCCAUACCCGCGCACGGACGAUCGGCAUCACCGAAACGCGAUUUAGAUUGGGAGAAAAAGACAUGAUCAUGGUCGACGUCGGUGGCCAGAAGUCCGAACGCCGCAAGUGGAUCCAUUGCUUCCAGGACGUGACAAGCAUCCUCUUCGUUGUCAGUUUGAGCGGGUACGACCAGUGCAUGGUGGAAGAUAGGUCCGCGAACCAGAUGCAGGACGCCAUAACCAUCUGGGAGUCGAUCUGCCACUCCAAGUGGUUCAAGGAGACCUCAGUUAUCCUGUUCUUGAACAAGGACGAUAUCUUCCGGCAGAAGAUCAAAUCUUCCCCCUUGAAGAAGCACUUUCCGGAGUACGACGGCCCGGAACGGAACGCCGAGGCGGGCCGGGAGUUCUUUAAGAUAAAGUUUGCGCGGCUCGCGCGGAAGGGGCGGGGAAAGGAGCGCGAGGUAUACGUCCACGUCACGACCGCGACCGAUACCGCAAUGCUGACCAUUGUCAUGGCUGCUGUCACCGCAUAA